AUGUAUGAUUAUUUAUAAAUAAAGGAAUCAUGGGGAUUUAAGAAUUUUAAACUAUUUCUCUACUUAUGCCCUCCAGGAUGUUUGGUUUGUAUUCAAAGUGAUUCUGAGUUUGAUUGUAAAUCAUGGGUAUUAACUCAUACUGCCUAUACUGAAAUUGAUUAUACUUUAUUUAUUACAGAUGGAUGGACUAUUAGUUAUGGAGAUGUAAAUAAAUAAUAAUGUUUCAGUAACAUAUAGAAAUAUCAUAUUAGUGAUUCCAACUAUAUGUGGGUAUGAAGUUUGUGGAAAAGAUACUGUAUUGUCUUUGAAUUUAAUAAAUAUUCCCACUCAUUCAUAAAUGAAAAUAAAGCUAAAGUAUUUAAAGAUUGAUAGUUGGGAAGUGUCAGAUUACGUUUAAUUGAAAGUUGAUGGUGAAUUGAUAUUGGAUUAGCAGCUAUCAUAAUUAAAUGAAUAUUUAUAUGGAAUUUGUGGAACAACUUAAAAAGAAGUAUUUGUUAAUAUAGAACUUACAUUUCCUCAUUCUAUUACUAGUGCCAGAAUAAAAAUUUUAAAUACUUUAGAUUAAGCAUUUUCAGAUGAGUCUUUUGGAAUAAGAGACAUAUAAAUAUUUAUAAGUAUAUAUAAUAUAUAUAUAUUCAGAAUAAUCAUUAUGUGGUGAUCAAGUAGUUGAAUUAUAAGAAGAAUGUGAUGACGGCAAUUUGUUUCCAUUUGAUGGUUGCUUUAACUGUAUGUUUUCAUGUGUUGAUGGUUGUUCUGAAUGUAGAGAUAUGAUAUGUUUAAGUUGUUAUGAGGGUUGGAUUUAUUUGGAAUAUGAAUAAAUUUGUGAAAAAGAGAUUAUUUAAGAAUAUUCUUUAAUAACUAUCUUAGAACUAUAAACUUAAUUUGAUUGUUUUCCUCCAAUAGAUAAUUGUUAGGUUUGUUUAUUGGGAAAGUGUAUUUUAUGUCAAAAUGACUUUUUUUUUAAUUAAUUUAAUGAUAAAUGUGAGUAAAUUUGUUUUGAUCAAAUUAAUAGUUAUUAUGAAUUAUGUGAUGAAUAUUAAUUAUAACCAUUUUGCAAUAGAUGUUAAAUUAAAUGUAAUGAUCAUUGCCUAAAUUGUAAUUAAGGUAUUUGUUAGGUAUGUGAGAAUGAUUUUAUUUUGGAAAAUAAUUAUUGUAUUUAGAUAGGGAAAGUCAAUUUAUGUUAACCUUAAUGUUAGAUUUGUAUUGAUAAUAUUUGUUAUAAAUGUUAAUCUGGAUAACUAUUAAUUUUAGGUUAAUGUUAAAACAUUUGUGGAAAUUAAAUAGCACUUUACACACUUGAAGAAUGUGUUUGUGAUCUUUAUUGUGAGGAAUGUGAAGAUGGUAUUUGUUAUUAAUGUAAUAACUAUUUUAAAUUAUUUAAUAACUAAUGUAUAAGUACAUGUGGAGAUCUUAUUGUUUAAGAACAUGAAGAUUGUGAUGACGGUAAUAAUAUUGAAUUUGAUGGUUGUUUCUAUUGCUAAUAUUCUUGCCCUAUUGAAUGUAUAAAAUGUGAAUAAGGAAUAUGCCAAGAUAAAUGUUUACCAGGGUUUUAUCUUAUUAAUAAUAUCUGUUCUACAAUAUGUGGAGAUUCAAUCAUUGCUGGUAAUGAAUAAUGUGAAGAUAAUAAUACUUAAGAAUUUGAUGGUUGUUAUCUAUGUUAAUUUUCAUGUCCUCUUAAUUGUGAAGAAUGCAUUAAUGGAAUAUGCUCUAAUUGCAAUUUCGGAUUUAAACUUAUUGAGAAUAAAUGUACUAAUGUUUGUGGAGAUGGUAUCAUGUCAAAUGAAGAAUAAUGUGAUGACGGGAAUCAAGAAAGUGGAGAUGGAUGUUCUUAAAUAUGUUAAGUGGAAAUUGAUUGGAUUUGUAAUUAAGGUAAUGAUUGCACAUUCGUUAAGUACCCAAAUCUCAAGUGUGA